AUGAAACUCUCGCCCCUCGCGCAUCAAACGUCCGCGCACGCGGACGCGGUGUGGUCCGUCGCGUGGUGUCCCACAGGCGACGACGACGGCGGCGAUCUGCUCCUCACCGGGUCCGUGGACGAGUCGGUGAAAUCAUGGCGCGCGACCGCGGAGGGGCUCGAGAUGGUGCACGACUACCAAGGUGAGACUGCUUCCCAUACGACCCCGUCCGCGUGGUGA